AAUACAAAAUGUACUUUUUUAUGGGGCACAAAAUAAGAGGGUACUUUUUUGAAUUUUUCCCAAGUUAUGGGAUAUCAUCUCGUAGUAAUUCCUUCAAUGUUUUGAGGGCAUUUUCGACUUCCAAAGCUAUAAAUAUGCGUCCCCCUAUUCGCGUCUUCUCGCCGGUCAUCAAGCAGCCAAUUGACCUCCGCCGCCGCCGCCGCCGCCGCCUUCCACUCCCUCCUCCUUCUGCUGCCUCUCCGGAAGCGCACCCGGACUUCGUCGAUGGCGAAAGUCCACCCGAGCGCCACCGCUUCGUCGAGGCCUUCCUUGCCCGCCCUCCCUGCAUCCUCCGCCGAGGCGGCGUCGCUGACGGUGUGGCGGAAGUCGCUCGUCUUCCACGGGGACGGCUUCACGGUCUUCGACGCCAAGGGAAAUCUCGCAUUCCGAGUCGAAAAUUACCCCUCAGCUAGCAGGGCGGAGAUCGUCCUCAUGGACGCCGACGGCAAGCCGCUCCUAACGAUCCGAAGGAAGAAGCUGAGCCUGGGAGACCACUGGCUGAUCUACGACGGCGAGGCGGCGACCAACCCGCAGUUCGCCGUCAAGAAGCACGUCAACCUCAUCGGGUCGAGGUCGCUGGUCCACGUCACAGCGUGUUGCCCCGGCGCCGCCAAGUCCUGCCUCAGCUACGAGGUGGAAGGAUCCUACUCGCGGCGGUGCUGCACCGUCUACGAUCAUCGGCGACGGCAGCUGGCGCAGAUCAUGCGGAAGGAGGCGUCCCCGGGCGUUGCCCUCGGCGCCGACGUCUUCCGUCUCAUUGUGGAACCGGGACUCGACGCGGCCUUCGCCAUGGCCGUUGUCAUACUCCUCGACCAAAUGUUCGAGUCUCGUGGAUCGAUCCUUAGAGUUUGAGCUUCUCAUUGUUCUUCCUCGAGCUUCCAUUUUUAAGCUUAAUCUUUGACGGCGAGGUGGAUCUCUCAU